UUCAAAUGUGCUGUCGUUUCUGGCUUUACUUAUAUCUUUAAUUAAUUCACAACCUGUGUUGUCUAACGUGCUUCGGACGUGAAAACAAAAGUGCCUGCUUGUAAAGAUAAAUCAGUGUUAUUUAAUAACUUACUUAACCCAAACAAGAUUUAACGGGAUUGUGUCGUAGGGAGCGGCUGUACAACACGUCUGAUGGAGCUGAAAUGAUGCACAGUAAGAUGUAUCACUGUGAACAGGACAAUAAACCUGACAAUCGUCUCUUGGCUUUUCAUUUUCGCCUAAAUGCACAACAUUUACUAAACGUUUAGUAUUUACGUCCUGAACAGGUGACGCACAAGAAGAUGAAAACUGACUCGUUAAAGACAGAAAAUGUAUCCAGAAAAAAGAAAACACCUAAACGACGGGAAAAUGUUAAUGUCUCAAAUGGUGAAACCAUCAACAUUUCCCCAGAUAAAACCAAUACAUUACCUCACACACAGGACUGUCUUAUGGACGUCUCUACUGAGGUUACAAACAAAAGACAUGAUUCAGGAGAACUGGAAGCUUUGGGAGUCCUAACAGUGCCAUCUCAGCAUGAGAAGGUGUUAUCUGGAAAACAACUCAAAAUAAAUCUGCAACCUCUUGAUUUUAGAGCCAUCGGUCCAAAAGCAGAACCAGAUUGUCUUCCCUUAAAUCCACCAGACAUUGCGAUCAAAACUGAGGCCGAUGUUUAUGAAGCAUUGCAAAGAGAGUGUGACCUGAGUGUAAAGGAGGAAAAUGAAGACGACUGGAAAGAGAUUAAGCAGGAACCAUCAGAUGAAAACUCUUUGGAUGGUUUUGAGCAGGAGAUCAACACUGCUUCCUCUUCUCAGAUUUUGCCCUGUCCCCAUUGCUCUGUGACUUUUACCGAAUUCUCACACCUUGACAAGCAUAUCAAAUGGUCUCACCGAAGUGAAUACCUGGCCUGGGUGAAAUACCAUAAAGUAUACAGUUGCUCUAAAAUAUCCUCCGGGAUGCUCUGUUGCUCCUCGUGCCAUUUUCGUUUCUUCUCUCAGAGGCAGCUUGAGUCACAUAUGCGCAAGAUCCAUCUCCCCAGGCCCAAACCCACCAAAAAACGCUACACCUGCCCGCAGUGCGAUCGCAGCUUCGAUUAUAUUCGUAAUCUGCAAAAUCACUGCCGCCGUUGUCACGGCUUAGCCACCGUGGCUAAAGAUGGACACGUAAACUGUGCUAAAUGUGGGAAAAGCUUUGAUGGAGUGUGGGGUGUCGGACCGCAUCGCUGCCACGAUCCAGAUGAGGACAAAAAACUGGAGGCUGGAGCAGAUGGACCCGUAUGCACAGACCGUGGGUAUUUGUGCAAAGUCUGCGGGAAGAACUUUCCAAGACUUCAAUCUCUGACUAUACACCAGCGCACUCACACCGGCGAGAAGCCGUUUGCCUGUCAAGAGUGUGACCAUAAGUUUGGUGACAGGGGAAGCCUGCGGAAACACAAGUUGGUCCAUUCAGGGGUCAAGCCCUAUAAAUGCCCCGAAUGUGAUAAAGACUUCUCCAGGAUGAGUCACCUCACCUGUCACCUACGCACACAUACAGGGGAAAGACCCUACCCGUGCCUCCAAUGCGGGAUGAAAUUCAGCCACAGGUCAACGGUCCGCAUCCACAUGCGGGUUCACUCUAAGGAAAAAUCGUUUUCUUGUCCCGACUGCGGGAAAGCUUUUGCGGCUCCGAAGUAUGUGGAGAUCCACCGGAAAACUCACAACCCCCAUACCAUGCUUCAGUGCAACGUGUGCGGCAAGGCGUUUUCACGGGAAGAUGUGUUGAGGAAACAUCUCCGCAUCCACUCGGGAGAACGGCCGUACCACUGUGAUACUUGUGGCAAACGCUUCAACCGCAUCCAGCACCUGAAAAUCCACCAGCGCACGCACACUGGAGAAAAACCUUACCGUUGUGAGCAGUGCGGCACCAGCUACUCCCAGUCUGGCGAUCUGACCAGACACAUGAGAACACACACAGGAGAAAAACCCUUCGCCUGUUCCGAGUGUGACCAUCGCUUUAACAACUCUGGUGACCUGGGCAAGCACAUGCGUACUCACACGGGCCAAAGGCCCUAUCUGUGUACAGAAUGUGGGAAACGAUUUCUCAUGCCCCAGCACCUGAAAUCACACAUUCGGACACACACUGGAGAGAGACCGUAUAUCUGCCCGCGAUGUCCUCGCACCUUUAGUCGGUCACACCACCUGUCCCAACACAUGGAAAAGCACCUUGUGUAAUCUCGGUUUCGUUUUGGGAAAUAAAUUGGAAUUUCGUAUUGAUAAAUUGAAAAUCGAUUUGCAUUCAUGUAACAUCUUGAAGACAAUUAAAGUGUCAUUGAUUUCAGAUACGUAGACUUCCUUUUGGACUGAGUUAUUUUUUACAGUAUAUUAUUUAUCAUGGAGUUAGUAAGCAUGGCUAGUGAUGCAAACAUUGAAGAUAUGAACCAAAUGGAGUGAAUCCCUAAAUUAAUAAUAAUUUAAAAAAUGCUUUAAAGUGACUCAGCAUGGCUAGCACUGUUUCUUUUGAAAUAAAAAAUAGCUUGUGUUAAUAGUUGUUUAAUAAUAAAUGAUUUGUGAAGCAUUAUAGUGUCAUCUAUUUACAACUUGACUUGCAAACCUAUAGCAUAGGACUUUAAGUUAUUUUGUGACUGCUUCUUGCCCAUUUAAUUUUUAUAAUGAACAUACUGUAUAUGGUAAUGGUUUAAUGAUGUUAUAAUUUAUGGUGAUAGUCGCUUUACUGAUUGUAUCUAAAUGUCUGCAUAUGUGUUUUACUAAAACUGUUGGGACUAUU